UGCCUUAUAUAAGCUUAUUUUUAAGAAACCCAAAAAUUACUUAACGCCGCCAUGUCCCUCACUUCCGCUCCGGCGCGUGUAACUCUACUCGCCGCCCUCUCCGCCACCACAUUCUACUUCCUCUACAAAUCUCUCCGACUCCGAUCACUCCCAUACCCUAGAACUCCAUCUUCAUCUUCUCCAACUCGCAAAUCCAACAAGAUCAUCUUCAUUUCCCAAACAGGCACCUCCAAAACCCUAGCUCAUCGUCUACUCCGUCUCCUCGCCUCAAACAGCUUCGAUUUCGACCUCGUCGACGCCAAGGACUACGAGCCGGAAGAUCUUUGUAACGAAACUCUGGUACUGAUCAUCGCUUCAACUUGGGACGAAGGAAAAGCUCCGACCGAUUCGAGAUUCUUUACCGAUUGGUUAGCUGAGAGUGCAGAAGAUUUUAGGGUUGGAUCGCUUUUGCUUAAGCAAUGUGAGUUCGCUGUGUUUGGAGUUGGGAGUCGAGCUUACGAUUCGACUUUUAAUGCUGUAGCGAAGGAUUUGUCGAAGAGGAUGAAGGCAUUGGGCGGCAAUGAGAUAUUGCCGGUUUCGGAAGGUGAUGUGGAUAGCGAAGGAGAUGUCGAUGAAGUGUUCGAUGAUUGGUCUCUGAAACUUGUUAGGUUUUUGAAAGGUGAUGAGGUUGUUGAAGAAGAAAAUGGUGGUUUUGUUAGUGAUGAUGAGAGUGUUGAAGAAGAAGAAGAAGAGGAAUCUGAGAUUGUUGAUCUUGAGGAUAUUGCUGGUAAAGGACCUUCAAGGAAAACAGGAGCUCAAAGUAAUGGAGUUUCGAAUAAUUCGAAUUCAAAUGGGAAGAAGAAUAUGGUUACUCCAGUGAUUAGGGCGAGUUUGGAGAAACAGGGUUACAAGAUUAUUGGUUCACAUAGUGGUGUGAAGAUCUGUAGAUGGACAAAAUCACAGCUUAGAGGAAGAGGUGGUUGUUACAAGCAUUCAUUCUAUGGUAUUGAAAGUCAUAGGUGCAUGGAAGCGACACCUAGCUUAGCUUGUGCAAAUAAAUGUGUGUUUUGCUGGAGACAUCAUACAAACCCAGUUGGAAAGAGUUGGCAAUGGAACAUGGAUGAUCCCUUACAAAUUGUGAACUCGGCUAUCGAACAACACUUAAAGAUGAUUAAGCAAAUGAAAGGAGUUCCCGGUGUUACACUCGAACGGCUGACUGAAGGUAUGUCUCCUAGGCAUUGUGCCUUAUCGCUUGUCGGUGAACCUAUAAUGUAUCCUGAAAUCAACACACUUAUCGAUGAGUUGCAUCGUCGUCGGAUUUCAACUUUCUUAGUAACAAAUGCUCAGUUCCCCGAAAAGAUUAAAGAUUUAAAGCCUAUUACUCAGUUAUAUGUUAGUGUUGAUGCUGCAACAAAGGAUAGUUUGAAGGCAAUCGAUAGACCCCUCUUCGGGGAUUUUUGGGAGAGAUUUAUUGAUUCAUUGACAGCUUUGAGGGACAAACAUCAAAGAACAGUUUACCGUUUAACCCUUGUGAAAGGAUGGAAUACAGAGGAUAUAGAUGCAUAUUUUAACCUCUUUAGCAUUGGUAAACCCGAUUUUAUCGAAAUCAAAGGUGUUACAUAUUGCGGAACAUCCUCUACGUCAAAGUUGACAAUGGAGAAUGUGCCUUGGCAUGCUGAUGUUAAAGCCUUUUCGGAGGCUUUGGCAUUGAAAAGCGGAGGGGAUUACGAGGUUGCUUGCGAGCAUGUCCACUCGUGCUGUGUCCUCCUUGCGAAAACCGACAAGUUUAAGAUUGAUGGGCAAUGGUACACAUGGAUAGACUAUGAAAAAUUCCAUGACUUGGUUGCAUCUGGAAAACCUUUCGAUAGUAAGGAUUAUAUGGCUCUCACACCGUCUUGGGCUGUUUAUGGAGCACAGGAAGGCGGGUUUGAUCCGAUUCAGUUGAGGUACAAGAAGGAACGAAAUCAUCACAAGAAAUCAACCCAAUCUACUUCCAUACCAGGGUAAUUUCUAGCAUCAUUACUUAUAUAGGCCUGAGAUUAAACACCACUUCUCCAGUAGAAGAAAUAGAAGAUGAAGAGAAGAAAAUUUUGACUUGUUAGGUAAAUGAGAAUUUACAUCAUAAUCCAGAUAUUUACUUGGAUUUUUUUUGUUUUUUUGAAGGAAUAUUUGAACAUUCUUAAUGUAUUUUAAUUAGUAUAAUAUAAUGUAAUCGUAUUAUUCUUCACACUAA